GGGGUGUGCGCGCGCGUGCGCGCGGGGCGCGAGACGGGGACGCGCGGGAACACACAGGCGAUGCUGCGCCCCCCCGGCCCGCUGGGGCUGCCCCCCCCCGGGCGCCUCCUCCUGCCCGAGGCCACCCUACGGCUGCUGCCGCUGCCCAUGGAGCCGGUGCCCAAAGCGGUGCUGGGGGCGGCGCUGAGCAAACCCCGGCGCCCGGUGAUCGCCUGCAGCGUCUGCCAGAUCCGCUUCAACUCUGAGAGCCAGGCGGCCGCCCACUACCAGGGCAACCGGCACGCGCGGCGCCUGAAGGGGCUCGAGGCUGCCCGCGCCCGCCGGGGGGGUGACCCUGCCGAGCCCCCCCCAGCCGCUGAGACCCCCGAUUGCCCAGCAGGCGAGCAGACCCCCGCACCCGCAGCCCCCGUACCCCCCUCGCCCCCCCCAGCUGGGACAGUAGAGGCGCCCGGGGGGGCUCGGGGGGGUGAGGAGGAAGAGGAGGAGGAGGAGAAGGCAAAGGCCAAGCGGCUCCUGUACUGCGCCCUCUGCAAGGUGGCGGUCAACUCCCUCUCGCAGCUGGAGGCGCACAACAAAGGGACGAAGCACAAGACGCUGGUGGAGGCGCGCAGUGGGCUGGGGCCGAUCCGCGCCUUCCCGCGGGGGGGGGCGGCGGGGACCCCCCCAGCCGAGGCGCCCGAGCGCACCUUCCACUGCCAGAUCUGCAACGUGCGCCUCAACUCCGAACUGCAGCUCAAGCAGCACAUCUCGAGCCGCCGGCACCGGGACGGGGUGGCCGGGAAACCGAACCCCCUGCUCGGCCGCAAGAAACCCCGCAGCCCACCCGAGCUGGCACCGCUGCCGUUCCCCAAGGAGCUGCCCAAGGCGCUGCUGCCGCCCCCCCUGGCCCUCGCAGCCGCCGCCGCCGCCAUGGCUGCCCCCCCGCUGCUGCGCCCCCCUGCGCCUCCCCUGCUGCCCGGGCCACCCCUGGCACCUGCCCUGCUGCGCCCGGCGCCCGGGCCGCUGCGCCCCACGCACGCCCCCCUGCUCUUCUCCCCAUACUGAGACGGCACUCAAACGGCGCCAAAACGGCAACCGGCACCAAACCAUCACCCAGCAUCCCGUCCCUGGCAACUGGGAACCGGUACCCAACCAUCAACUGGCACCAAACCCUCAACUGGCAACCAGCAACUGGUAACCAACCAUCAACCGGUGCCUGGCAACCUGUCCAAACCAUCACCCAGCAACCAAUACCCAACCAUCAACCGGUAACCGGUACCCAAGCAUCACGUUACCUAGCAACGGUCACCCUGUGGCCCAACCCACCGUCCAUCCCAGCAUGGUUCCCUGGCAACCAAGCACCAAUGGUCGCCAAGCUCAAAUCUGCCUGGCAACAGCAGAAUCCCUGACAACAGGACCAGCAUCCUGCCUGGCAACGGUUACCUAGCAACCCUCAGAGCAGUGGUUGCCUGGCAACCAGGAGAUGCUUACCCUGCAGUCACUCCUGGCAAUGGUUACCUGGCAACCAUGCCCCUAGUGCCCCCCCCCCCAGCUCAGCUGUUUCUUUUUUUAACUGGAAUUGGGAUUUUUGGUAGGAAAAUGCUGCCCCCCCCGCCCCCCCUGCACAAACCCU